UAAGCAUGUGACACAACAAGGAAGUUUGAAUGUAGGGUUACAUUAAACCACAGUUUAGCGAAUUUUCCUUAAUUAAACAAUAAUUGUGCACACUUUUAAUCUGUAGUUUGAAUCUAUAGUUGGGUUAGUAAAUACUCACGGUGGAGUGAGACAGAGCAAUGAAUAGGAAAUAACGUCAGCAGUCCUCUGUGUCGUUGUAUGUUCAUGCAGUUUUGAAAUGUUUGAGUUGCUGCUGUUUUCUACUCUAACUGUCCUGUUUCCACUUGGACAUACAUCGCUACCUCUCGUUAUCAACACAUGGCCAUUCAAUAAUGCAACGGCUGCAGCGUGGAACGCCCUGCAGUCGGGCGGCUCCGUGCUGGAUGCAGUGGAGAAGGGAUGUGCCCGCUGUGAAAUGGAGCAGUGCGAUGGCAGUGUGGGCUACGGUGGGAGCCCAGAUGAGACAGGAGAGACCACCCUGGAUGCCAUGAUCAUGAACGGGGAUACAAUGGAGGUGGGUGCGGUGGCAGACCUGAGAAGAAUCAAGAAUGCCAUCGGGGUGGCGAGAGCUGUGAUGGAGCACACUGAACACACACUGCUAGUAGGAGAGUCAGCCUCUGUGUUUGCUGAAAACAUGGGCUUCGUCGCAGAAGACCUGACUACCAACAACUCUGUGAAUAUUUUCUCGCAGUGGCUGAAGGGCAACUGCCAACCUAAUUAUCGAAAGAAUGUCUUUCCAGAUCCUUCCAAGUCUUGUGGACCUUACAAGCCCAGGGCGACAGUGAGACAGAACACCAGGGCACAGCUUGUUAAUACGCGCUCCCAUGACACCAUAGGGAUGAUUGUUCUUGAUCAACACGGUCACCUGGCUGCUGGCACAUCAACCAAUGGACUAACUCACAAAAUUCCUGGUCGUGUUGGGGACUCUCCUAUUGUGGGAGCGGGGGCGUAUGCAGACAGCUCGGCUGGUGCUGCCGCUUCUACUGGAGAUGGAGACCUCAUGAUGCGUUUUUUGCCAAGCUACUUGGCCGUGGAGCUGAUGAGGGCCGGGGCAGAUCCCUCGGCAGCCUGCAAGACGGCCAUUUCCAGAAUCAAGAGGCAUUACUCAGACUUCUUUGGAGCCAUCAUCUGUGCUAACACAACAGGCCAUUAUGGUGCGGCCUGUAACAAAGUCCCCGGCCUCUCCCAGUUCCACUUCAUGGUGUCCAACUCAGAGUCAGACACACCCGUCCUCAAAUCUGUGGACUGCUUUUAAAUGUUGUAUGAAUUUCUCUUAUAUAUGUUUUACAAUUACCACUCUCCCUCUGUAUUUUUAUGCUGAUGAUUUUGCUUUUAAUUCAUAAAUAAAAUGUAAUUAAAA